UCUUUUCCUUAUGUCAAAUAGGAUAUAAAGAAGUGAAACACAUUAGUCCAGAUUCUUUUGGAAUCUAUGAUCGCUUUUAACUUUCUUAAAAUCCUUAGAUCUAAAUUAAGCCUUUUUCGCUAACCACGAUCAUUUUUAAUUAACACCGUAGAUCGUUGUUUGAUAGUAGUUGGGCUGACAUACACUAAACUAGCGUAGACGAAUGUAGAUAUCAUCUGACCGAAUGUGGUUACUACUACUUGGAAGUAACCUUGAUGCGUUUGUUGCUGUGCUUGCUGCUCUGCGUUGUCAACUCUUCUCUAUACUACGCUAUUCUUGAUCCACGCAAACCUAAAAAAAAAGACAACAGGUCCCACACUAUAAAGUAACGACUACUCUUCAUCCAUAUGACAUCAAUACACACAAUAGAAACAAUAAUAGAUCAAUACUCAACCGAAAUAAACUCGUUGAAUAUACCCACACUUACCCAUUUCAAUCAUGAUACAAUAAUCACGAUAUCGCCCUACAUAUCCCAGUUCAAACUCGAGCAAAUCAAACAUAGUUUAUCCAACAUCAAUCAAGAACUACACAAGUUUAAAUCGAACAAGUCAUACGCUCAAGUAUACGACAAGUUUACCCACUUGUUUGUUGAUGUUCUUGAUGAGAAAAUCUAUGUCAAUUCGAAAUUGAUUGAUAUUUACGAACAGCAAAACAGACCAGUAGAAAAAGUUGAGCAGGAAAGCACCGUUGAGCAAGGGCCGGCCCCAGAAGAAGACUUGCCUUCGUUACGUAAACGGUUAUUGGCGGGUGGGAAAACCUCAUCGUUGCUUGAUUCAAAUCAGGACAUAACUAAAGUCAAUGAAUAUCAUGAAUCCAUCCAGAACGAUAUCUUGAACGAAUUACUGGGUUUGACGUCCAAUUUGAAAUCCAGUGCUUUGAAAUUCAGCUCCAAGAUCCUUGGUGAAGAUCUGAACAUAUUGAGUGAGACCCAAGAGAAUAUCAGUAAAAAUGCAAACUUGUUUCAAGCCACUAAUCGAAAUUUAAACAAUUAUCUCGAGAAUAAAACAGGAGGAAGAAUCGGGCUAUGGUUCUUGAUAAAAAUCACAAUUGCUCUCGUGAUGAUCUUCUUAUUCAUGAUCAUCUUCAUCAAGAUCAUCCCCAAGAUAUAG